AUGUCGAAAAUCACACAUGACCACACAUCUCAAUCGAUCCCAUCUACACCAACCCAAACUUCAAUUAGUUCCACGUCCACCACCUCCAAGCAAUCAUAUCCCAAGCUCUCCACCCUCAAACACGAGUUUGAAGACUUUGGAGAUUCCUGGACAGUCACCGAGAUAAACAAACGUAUAAGGAGACUCCUUCUCCGCUCCUUGCUAGAUGCCGAGAAACAGUCAGACGGGUUCAUCUAUGCUUACAUUCUCCCCGAGACAUCCCGCGAUGCCAAUCCUUUUAUAAAGAUUGGAUAUGCCCAGAAUGUUGAAAAGCGCAUGAAAGGUUGGAAAGCCCAAUGCGGGUAUGACUCCAAAGUUAUUUGCCAGUUCACAGCUGAGCACUACGUUAAAGUCGAGAAGCUUGUGCACUACCAGCUACGGAACCAACGAAAGCGGGAGAAAGGGUGCCCAAUUUGCCAUGUUUCGCAUCAAGAGUGGUUUAAAAUCAAAUCUCCAACUGCAUCUAAGAAUAUCAUGAUGUGGACAAGCUGGAUGAGGCAAAAGCCAUAUAAUGAUGAUGGAACCAUUCAAGAGAAGUGGCGUAAGAGGAUUGAGGGUCUUGACAUGGCCGAUCCGAGUUGCUGGGAGUUGCUUACCGAGGGAGUCUUUGACGACGAUGAAGACGAGUCGGAGCUUUCUGAAGAAGGCGACAGCUUCGCCUGGUCGAAUGAUGACCAGUCUGAGUUUUCUGAGGACGACGGCUUUGAAGACUCAGACAACGAUGUGUUUGGAACUUCUCUCACUAAUGAUGGAUGUAGCCGCAAGGAGUCACUGUGGUAA